ACUUUCGCCUAUCAAGCUGUUAAGUUAACUAUGUUCUGAUAUCUAAAUUCGCAGAGAAAGUGAAGCAAAGACGAUGGCACUCAAUUGAAAUCGAUCGAUUAGAAUUCCAAUUUGCAUAGCAGUUACUGUCGGUCUGUUUGCUUAUUUCAAGUGACACCUUUGUCGACUUUUCCCCGCAAAGGAACGAAUGACUAUCAGACAGAAGCAAUCGAGAACCGUUUAAUGAGAAAGCCAAAGAAACUUGUUGAACUUCAAGAAAAAGAAGCACACGAAGGCAGCAGAACCUGGAGGGGGAGGCAAAAACAUUUUCCAGAUAAACGGCAGUUGGAGUCGUGUGAAUAAAAGUGUGUAUUUUUUUUGUUUGUGGGUCAGGCUGUUCCUAAUUACCGUGAACUUGUUAGCGCACACAAAACGGCUGUAAAAUGACCAAAGUGAGGUAAUAAACGCGGCGAAUUAACGAGAAACCCGAGUGAAUAAUGUCCAAGCUGGUUAAGAGAAUACGCAGCAUGAUCAAUCCGAGCAGCCAGCGGGAUCGCGAAGAUACCACCUCGGUAUCCACUUCAGAGGGUUUCGGUUCUCGCAGGAAGUGCCACUCAUUGCCCCGAAGGAGCAAUAGACACCUGACCGCUCGACGAUCGAAUAGCGGUCUGUGGAAUCGACUGGUCACCAAUGUCUUUGGACCGGAAGAUUCGUAUGACUUUGAUAACGAUGGCGACAGUGGUGGUGCCAUAUUUUACACCGAUUCGGUUAACGGGUCGAACUAUGAGAUAUCUGCAGAAGGCGAAUACAUAAAGCAUCCCGUUCUGUACGAACUCAGUCACAAAUAUGGUUUCACAGAAAAUCUGCCGGAGAGCUGUAUGUCCAUACGGCUGGAAGAGAUCAAGGAGGCUAUUCGGCGGGAGAUCCGCAAGGAACUGAAAAUCAAGGAGGGCGCCGAGAAGCUCCGCGAGGUGGCCAAGGAUCGACGAUCCCUCAGCGAUGUCGCCGUUCUCGUCAAGAAGAGCAAAAGUAAGCUUGCCGAGCUGAAGUCCGAGUUGCAGGAGCUCGAAAGUCAAAUCCUUCUGACAUCGGCCAAUACCGCCGUUAAUAGCAAUGGACAAGAAUCGAUCACUGCCUGCAUAGACCCCAAUGGGGGUUUCUUGGUCAGCGGUGCGGUUGGUGGCUUGGGCGGCGGAAACAAGGCUCUGGAGGGCGGCGUACCGGCCACUGCCAAUGACAAAGUGCUUGCCUCGCUGGAGAAGCAGCUGCAGAUCGAGAUGAAGGUGAAGACCGGGGCGGAAAACAUGAUCCAGUCGCUUGGCAUCGGAUGCGACAAAAAGCUGCUGGCGGAAGCCCACCAGAUGUUGGCCGACUCGAAGGCCAAGAUAGAGUUUUUGCGCCUGCGCAUCAUCAAGGUGAAGCAGAAUCGCGAACAGGCCGAUCGCCUCAAGGCCUCGCGCCAAAUGAUCGACGAGCACGGUCAGACGAUCGGCGGGAACAACAGCAGCCAGCCGCAGAGCCUGGAGACGACUCUGGAGGAGCGGAUUGAGGAGCUCCGCCAUCGACUACGGAUCGAAGCAGCCGUCGUCGAUGGAGCCAAAAAUGUUAUCCGCACGCUGCAGACGGCGAUUAGGGCACCAGACAAGAAGGCUUUGCAGGAGGCCCAUGGACGUUUGUCGGAAUCGUCGCGAAAACUAGAUCUCUUGCGCUACUCCUUGGAUCUACGACGCCAGGAGCUGCCCGCUGAUUCGCCCGCCGCCCAACUAUUAAAAACGGAGCUGCAGAUCGUCCAGCUAUCGACCUCCCCAGCUCCUGUCACCUACACGUCACUGCAAUCCGGACAAGCGGGCAUACUCGGUGGAAAGCCGUACCAGUCGGUGUCCUCGCUUGGACGCUGUGCCAGUGUCACCGGAAAACUUGAGGUUCGCUUGCUGGGCUGCCAAGAUUUGCUGGAAGAUGUGCCUGGCAGAUCAAGGAGGGACAAGGACAACAAUUCCAGUCCGGGUGAUUUAAGAAGCUUUGUCAAGGGCGUCACCUCGCGCAGCAGUUCAAAGAGCUAUUCGGUAAAGGAUGAGACCUCCAUUGAGAUCAUGGCGGUCAUCAAGCUUGACAAUAUUACCGUGGGCCAGACAUCGUGGAAGCCAUGCUCGCAGCAGGCCUGGGAUCAGCGCUUCUCCAUCGAUCUAGACCGGUCGCGUGAACUGGAGAUUGGAGUUUACUGGCGCGACUGGCGAUCUCUGUGCGCCGUAAAGGUACUGCGCCUUGAAGAGUUCAUCGACGAUGUGCGACAUGGCAUGGCAUUGCAGCUGGAGCCACAAGGUCUGCUAUUUGCAGAGGUCAAGUUCUUAAACCCAAUGAUUUCACAGAAGCCAAAGCUGAGGCGCCAGCGUAUGAUCUUCAACAGGCAGCAGGCGAAAAACAUCUCGCGAGCCAAGCAGAUGAACAUCAAUGUAGCCACUUGGGGCCGCCUGCUCAAGCGGAAUGCUCCUAAUCAUGUGCACAUGGGAUCGGUAGGAUCUGGAUCUUCUAUAACCGGUAGUUCUCCUAUGGUGGUUGGUGGGUCUCGCGACUCUGAGUCGCCCAUUUCGAGAACUCCCUCAUCCGACGCACUGGCGGAACCAGAGCCCUACACGCCAGGAGAACAGGCACAGAACUUGGAAUUCGAUCCUGAUGCAGGUAUUAAUGAACACGUGGAGACCCCCGGUGAAUACCCGGAUCCGGCGGCCAGCGGUCUGAGCGGAAUGCGACCUCUGUCCAUGCACAUGCAAGGAAUCAGUGUCUUGCCCCCGGAAUCGCCACCCGUUUCCGCCGGAGCAGCUGGACGGCCCAAUACGCUCAGCUUACAGAUGCCAGGUGCCAGCAAGGGACAGGUGAUCCAAGGCGGCCGAACUGCAGCUCCUACAACAGCGCCACCGCCACCACCCGUGCUCAAGUCGACUUCCACCACUCCGAUAUUGGACCAAGAGCUGCAGGAUGCCCUGCAUGAAUUCGAUUUCCUGUCGGACCUGGACUCACGUCCCACUACGCUGCGUAGACUGCUGAAGGAGCAGAACAUGUCGCUGGAUGCCGGGGCGCUGGAGAACCUGCUGCUACAACAGCAGCAGACUGAGCAGCAGGCGCUGCAGCAGCGCCAGCGCCAGGAGCAGUUGCGUCUGCAGCAGUUCCAGGAGGCGCAGCGCCAGGCGGUCCUGGAUUUGUGCGUGAAACAGAGAGAGUCCGAGGAGCAGACAUCACCCACCCUUGCCAACCAAACGUCGUCGUACCCACCGCUUGCCAACCAAACGCCGUCGUUCCCACCGCUUACCAGCAAUCAGAUCAUGCCAAGCUUAAAUGCCCGCCCCAGCCAAAGCCAAAGCCGAAGCACAAACCACAAUGAAUUUCAGUUGCAGCAGCACCCACAUCCCGCCCAGAAAUCGACGAAUCCCGAACCAUCGUCCGCUGUGGAACAGCAGCUGCACCGGCCGGUCCUAAUCCUGCCGCCCGUGGUGCUCCUGGGUGGUCGGGAGGAGGACCGAUCGGUGCCACCAUCGCCACUAGUCGAGUAUCCCGAGGACGACGACGAGUAUCUGUACCGGGGCAGCAACGAAAACCUGGGCACCCGGUUGCACUCCAGCCACAGCUCCAGUGCCGGCGAUCGUUUCUGUGUGGAGGCCCGUAUUAGUCUUGUACAUAUUACCCUCGAACCGAUCAAUGCCAGCCGGACGACUAGUUGCCUGAUCGAGGAGGUAGCUGAGCCGGAUUCACAGCCGGAGAUUAAGCCGGUGGCAGAAGCGCAGGCUGUCAAAGUAUCCGAAGCUUGUGUCGAAAGUAUUCUCCUCGAGACAGUUGAAAAGUUAGAAACAGCAGACCAGGUCCAGCAGGUUAUACCACAGUUGGGAAAGCUUUACGUGGGCAGCAGCCAGCAGCAGUAUGCGCAGCAGUCUUCGCCAAUCAUCCAGGAGCCACCUACUCCUACUAUUUACGGAAACAGUACCGCUGCUGGUGCGCCGCAGUUCCCGCAGCCCGCCCAAAGGCAAGAGAAACAGCCUCCACAGCAGCAGCCCAUCUAUGCUAACCAGUAUGAGCUGAAUGUGGCCAAGGCGGCAGCAGCAGCUUCUGCUUUCUCACUCAGCUCCUCCACCACCAGCAACUCCAACCAACAGCAGCAGCGCAGGAAUGUGGCCCGUGGCCUGCAAUAUCGUGAAUCCGGAGGACUCGAGACCGGCCGGGCUGGAAAGCAGCCGCCCAAUGCAGGCAUGUUGUCAAUGGACAACUUUCGUUUGCUAAGCGUUCUGGGACGCGGCCACUUUGGCAAGGUGAUCCUGUCCCAAUUACGCAGCAACAAUCAGUACUACGCCAUUAAGGCGCUGAAGAAGGGAGAUAUCAUCGCCCGCGACGAAGUGGAGUCCCUGCUUAGCGAAAAGCGCAUCUUUGAGGUGGCCAACGCCAUGCGCCAUCCGUUCUUAGUUAACUUGUAUUCCUGCUUCCAGACUGAGCAACACGUAUGCUUUGUGAUGGAAUACGCUGCUGGCGGUGAUUUAAUGAUGCACAUCCACACGGACGUGUUCCUAGAGCCAAGAGCCGUUUUCUACGCCGCAUGUGUUGUUCUGGGCCUGCAGUACCUGCACGAAAACAAGAUCAUCUACCGGGACCUGAAGCUCGACAAUUUGCUAUUGGACACGGAAGGAUAUGUCAAGAUUGCGGACUUUGGUUUGUGCAAGGAAGGCAUGGGCUUCGGUGAUCGCACGGGCACUUUCUGUGGCACGCCCGAGUUUCUGGCACCGGAAGUGCUCACGGAAACUUCAUAUACUCGAGCUGUGGAUUGGUGGGGUUUGGGUGUGUUGAUCUUUGAGAUGUUGGUUGGUGAGUCCCCAUUCCCUGGUGACGAUGAGGAGGAAGUAUUUGAUUCAAUUGUCAACGAUGAGGUGCGCUAUCCGCGUUUCCUCUCGCUGGAGGCCAUAGCCGUGAUGCGUAGGCUUUUGCGCAAGAAUCCAGAGAGACGUCUAGGAUCCUCGGAACGGGAUGCGGAGGAUGUUAAGAAACAGGCAUUCUUCCGGUCGAUAGUGUGGGAUGACCUGCUGCUGCGAAAGGUUAAACCACCAUUCGUGCCUACAAUUAACCACUUGGAGGAUGUGUCAAACUUUGACGAGGAGUUCACGUCGGAGAAGGCUCAGUUAACACCACCGAAGGAGCCGCGACACUUGACAGAGGAGGAGCAGGUGCUCUUCCAGGACUUUUCGUACACGGCCGAAUGGUGUUAGGAGCUCGUUGUAGUUCAAGGGUUUACCAAUGGGCCUAGCCCAAUCCAUACAGCCCUUGAUUUUUGCUUUUACUUGUGUACGAAAUUGGUUUCGAGUAAUUUUACUUGGCUUAGUUGAUGUGAGUUCAAUAUUUAUACAUAAAGACAGAAUGAUCAUACAGAUACAGGACAUAUAUAUCUAUAACUAUAUCUAUAUAGAAAAUACAUCUACUAAUGAGAGAACUUUUGAGUGUUGCUCACUGGCCGAGAGACCAAUAUAAACCAAAAUACCUAGUUGUCCACAUUGUGGAAGAGCAAGCAUUUGUCAAUCAUCCAUGCAACAAGUUCAGCAUACAGUCCCUAGCAAUCAUCCCAUAUUGUCGUUGAAUUGUACAGCAUAUAAAAUUGUUUCCUUUUCCAAACACGAGAACGCAUUGAAUAGUCUGACAUACCUUAGAAAAGCCUUAUACGCAAAGUUGUAGUUUUGGAAAAUUUUUUUAAGACCGGAUACAAAUAGAUUUUAUAGAUUGAGAAGUAUGUCUAUACCCCAGAGCAAUCAUUGCAACUUAUUUUCAUAAUCAACAUACAAAAACAAAGAUAUAUUUUAUACAUAUAUUGCAUGCACAUCCCAGGAAUCGUCUUGCUAAACGAGCUCAUCUUCUAUACGACAUAUAUAUUUAUAUCCUAGUAAAGUGAGAGAAAGUGAAAUAUUUACAGUUUUAACAUGUAAGCCCUGUAAAUUGCCUUGCGCGUUUUAUCAACUCCCCAGCCCAUUGCCCGAGUUGUGUUAUAAUUUUAAAAUAUUUUUUACGUCAUAUACACACGCAAACAUUUGUUAUUUAUUAUUAUUAUAACUAUUAUACAAGAAACUGUAUUGCUUUGAGCAUUUUUAUUCGACACUAGAUCGAUGAUUAUGAAUGAUUUGUUUGCAUGCGCGUUAUGCUUUAACCCAUAUAUGAGGAACAGAAACAAAAUACCGCCCAACGGGAUAGCUUUAAAAAAUUCCGUUGAAGGAUGGCAUGCAGUCGGAUUGUUGUACUCUUAAGAUCUAUGUUGUAUUUAAUGUAACUUUUAGUUGUAAUAAUCGAUUAUUGAAACGUAGUCUAAGCUACCAUUAUGUGAAGAUAAUUAUUUAUAAUUACAAUUAUGAUAACGAUUUUGCACUCCUCAUGCGAAUCGAAACGAGUAUAAACAAUGCAAAUCUUCUAUUGUCAUUUUUAUUAUGAUUAUGCUCACAGCUUUCGGCUAUAAUCAUCGAUUUAAUAUAAAAAGUCGGAUGGGUCCACAUCCAGUCACGAUUAGUUUCAAAUUGUGACUGUAAUUUAUAUUUAUGAUAUGAUUUUAAAUAAAUGUAUCUAUCGCUAUUAUUAAA